GGCCUGGUCCAGCCCGCUUCUGGACGCGCUCUCCAUGUUCUUGGAGCAGGACCUCCGCCCGGGCACGGAGGAGAUCCUGGCGUGGCGACGGGGGUGGGGGCAGUGGUGCUCCCCGCCACCCUCGGCGGUUAUCCGGGACUCACGCACAGAGCGGUCGUUUUCGUACGAGACGACUCUGGAGGAGUGGCUCUUUGGUGAUGCAGGCGAUUUGGAUACGAACAGCUUGCCGGAUCAGAACGACCUCAAGUCCGAGGCAGAGGCCUCUUCCACCUCAACUGUCGUCCCUUCACGAGAGGAGCAGCUAGAGAGCCCGGGAGGCCCCUCACACGAGCUGGGAGGCUGCCAGGCCCAGAUGCCAGACAAGCCGGCGUUCAAGUUCACCCCGUCUGUGGGGUCGUGGCUCCAGAGCAAGCCCCCUCAGGUGGUGCCCGCGCAGGCAGAGGACGCCAAGGAGGCACCUACGUAUUGGACUCUGUGGCGCACAGAGGAGGGUAAAUUUUACUUCCACAACGAAGACACCGACAAGACCGCCUGGGAUCUUCCUCCUGGUGGCGUGGUCUGUUUGGACGAGGCCUGGUCCAGCCCGCUUCUGGACGCGCUCUCCAUGUUCUUGGAGCAGGACCUCCGCCCGGGCACGGAGGAGAUCCUGGCGUGGCGACGGGGGUGGGGGCAGUGGUGCUCCCCGCCACCCUCGGCGGUUAUCCGGGACUCACGCACAGAGCGGUCGUUUUCGUACGAGACGAGUCUGGAGGUAGAUGAGGCGCCGCCCGCGGCACCGGCGCUGGUGCCGGCGGACGCGGACGCGGACGGGGAGGAGAUGUGCCUCUCCAUCAUGAGCUGUUUGCAGAUGAAGUUGGACGAAAUUCGUGCGAGCUUCGAGAACCAGCUGAAGGACCUGCUGAACUUGGAAGCGCCAUUGGAUGGACCUGCGACCAAGGUCAAAGUGGAGGAGCCCGUGGAGCAGGCGCAGCGGGACUACAAGGACUUCCUGUGCGACGUGAGGGAGGAGGAGGAGUCCUGGUGGUGGGAAUUUGUGUGCAUGAUUGCGGCCUGAGCUUUAGGAUGCACUAUAGCAUUGACACAGGUUGCCACUUUAAGUGCUGGAACCACU